UUUCAACACUACUAUAUAACAAAUAAUUUGAGUAGAGGAUGGCUGACAGAAGUAACUUGUUCGAUGUUCCCUCUUCUGAGAAACAAUCUGGACUUCUUAAACCAACACCAGACCUAGUUGCUGAGAUCUACGCUACAGCAGGAAAAAGUUUCAGCAGACUGGCUGAGUUGACUGCCAGAUUGCACAAAAUUCAAGAUCCUGACAACGCUGCAAAAGCAAGUGGUUCAAGGUGGACACAUGAUGAACUUAAACUGUUGAAAGACGCUCUUGUUAGAUUUUCUGACGAUAUUGAUACAAUAAGCGACCAGAUCAAAUCGCGUACCGUAGCACAAGUCAGAGACAUGAUACGAAGUGAGAAUCUAGCCAGCAAGAGGACAAGCUUGUUCGAAGAAUCGGAGUACAGCAAAUCACCGCCCAAAGAAAGUGAAGAAAGAGCAGCCAGACAGAGAACGUGUAAGGAACACAGUUCCGGUAGACACGGAUAAUCACCCACCGCCAUGCUCGACCAAACUGCUGCAGAGAACCACCAACUAACGAUUUAUUGAGAAGUUGAGACUUGUUGAUGUGGCUGGGUGGCGGGAUGCUGUGACUAACAACACAACUAUAUAUUAUGUACAUGUACUAUCAUCAUUCUUUACAUAGUGACUCGAUAGUCUGCAAACAAAGGACUUCUGAUGGUAUUAACUAUAAACUAAAAAAUCAAGUGUGUUGACCAGUUGUUAUUUAUAUAUUGGAAACUGUUUUGAUCCUGAUUUGCAGUUGAAAUGACCUCUGUUUUAUGUCACGGUCAAUGUGGUGAAGUUAAGCGACUUGUUUGCCAGCAAAGUUUUAAUAAUUUCAAAUUUAAUUCCGUUUCGAGUAUUUGAUCUAACUUUAUUCCUUACUGUAAGUGCAGUUCUAUUAUAUCGGAAAUAACAAA